UCUCGACCACAUUUGAGUGAUUAAAAUUAGUGAAUUAAUACAGUUUGGCGGGAAAUAUUUGAUUCAUAGCCAAAGAUGCCAAGAAUAGACACAGAUAUUAAACUGGACUUUAAGGAUGUCCUUCUGCGACCGAAAAGGAGCACGUUGAAGAGCAGAUCAGAUGUCAACCUCCACCGCGAGUUCAUCUUCAGAAACUCCAAGCAGGUUUACAAUGGAAUCCCCGUCAUGGCCUCUAACAUGGACACCACAGGGACAUUUGAGAUGGCCAAAGUCCUCGGGAAGCAUGAUGUAUUCACUACAGUGCACAAACACUACUCUGUGGAGGAAUGGAAAGCCUUCUCUGAAGAAUGCCCACAUAUUAUGAAGAAUGUAGCUAUCAGUUCUGGAAUGGCACAGGGUAACCUGGACAAGGUAAAAGCAGUGUGUGAGGCCAUCCCGACUUUGAAAUACAUCUGUCUGGACGUUGCCAAUGGCUACUCAGAACACUUUGUGGAGUUUGUGAAAGAAGUAAGAAGAGAGAUGCCACAACAUACAAUUAUGGCAGGCAAUGUUGUGACAGGAGAGAUGGUAGAGGAACUCAUCCUGGCUGGGGCUGAUAUCAUCAAAGUUGGGAUAGGUCCAGGGUCUGUGUGCACCACCAGAAAGAAGACUGGGGUGGGAUACCCUCAGCUGAGUGCCGUCAUAGAGUGCGCCGAUGCUGCUCAUGGCUUGGGAGGUCACAUCAUCUCUGAUGGAGGCUGUACGUGUCCUGGUGAUGUCGCCAAGGCAUUUGGUGCUGGUGCCGACUUCGUCAUGCUGGGAGGAAUGUUUGCAGGCCACAAAGAGUCAGGGGGUGAACUCAUUGAGAAGAAUGGCAAAAAGCAUAUGCUGUUCUAUGGGAUGAGCUCGGCCACCGCCAUGAAGAAAUAUGCUGGAGGAGUGGCAGAAUACAGAGCCUCUGAAGGGAAAACAGUAGAAAUCCCUUACAAAGGAGACGUAGAACCCACAGUAUUGGACGUCCUAGGAGGGAUACGAUCAGCGUGCACGUAUGUCGGUGCGGGGCAACUCAAGGAGCUGAGCAGACGGACAACGUUCAUUCGCGUGACUCAGCAAGUGAAUGAGAUCUUUUCAGCACACAACGUUUAGUUUGCAAAGUAAAAUAUAGUAGAAUAUAGAAAGGAGGAGGACAGAAACUCUAAAUAGAACCAGCUUUAAUUUCUUGCUGCGCAUGCUUUUCUCUUUUUUUGUGAAGCCAACUGAAUUGAACAGAUCUGUAUCCAUGGGUUUAGUGAGCUUGCUACCUCAUUCUAUAUUCAAAAGAAAUGACCAUAGUUGUAAGACAUUUGAGUUGGCUAGUAAAUGGAAAUGUGCAAGUUAUACACUGUGUUGCCAUGCAGCACUCACACUAGCCCUGUUACAGGGUGCAUUCACAGUGAAACUGUCAUCCUUAGUGGAUCGACCUAACUCUGCGAGGACUCACUGAAUCAAUCAGAUUGACUGAAACAAGCCUCCUCUAGCAGCUAGGCGUGGUUAACUUCCUUGUGCUGCUUGAGGAGGCAUGUCAUUCAGUUAACCUGAUUGCAUUCACUGCGGACUUCGGUUACCCUCUCUUUUGACAACACAAGUAAGGCCAAUAUUAGACUCGAAAUAGUCCAAAUGUGUAUGCAUCUGUGGCAGUAUUUUUAUUUCAUACUGCAAAUUGUUGCUGAUGAUGCCGGCACACCUUCCCUGUCCAAGUGGCAGAUGUCAUGUACUUAUUGUUAAGUGAGUUGUCCACUUCAUCUCAGUAAUUGUUGCCUUAUGCAUGUGUCUUAGUUUGUGUUCACACUGGGGAAAAUUUGGAAUGAAAAUGGGUAAAAAAUGGUCAGUUUCAUGUAGUCAAGUUCAGUGGCUGUAGUGGCAGUCUUCUGGGUAAGCUUUCAGUAGACUUCAAACUCAGGAUGGAGGUAAAAGUAUUAUUGCUCAUCAGUAAAUGGCCAGGAUGAGAGACACUUGUUAUCCUUCAAUUGGAGAUCUCAGUGGUUAAGUUUGGCAUUGAAAACAGCUGGAGUUAAGGUCAUAUACAGUAUUUAACAUUGUCUUCGUUGUUACUGUUGUUGUUCUUGUGUGAUGUAGUUUUUCACCGUUACUUAUUGACUUCAUAUACUGUGUGUCACACGCCUUAUUUAUUGUCAAAAUACACAAGUGCUUAUUCAAUUAUUAUUAUUAUUUAUUAUAUAUUAUUAUAUUAUUAUUCAAUUAUUAGUCCAGUGUGACGAUUCCUCACCACAUUCAAGCAAUGUUGAUCCAGGGUGGACCUCUUUAAAUUCUGCUUUUGUGUGUAAUACCUUAAAGAGAUGUUCCACCACUUUAAAUUAGCAUAUUAUUUUGAGUUGUACAUGGUAAUCCUUGAAAACAAAAACAAUGUUGAAAUAAAUGAAGUAUGAGAUUUGUGGGUAAGUACAAUAGAGGAAUAAUAAGGCCAGUACAAUUGCACAUCAGUGAUUGUUUUCAGCUACUAAGAGGUCCUACAUGAUAUGAAUGUUAUAUGUUAAGGAUCUCUCUUGUGGGAUCAUGUCAUAAAAUUUUGAAUUGUGGUGUUAAUUUUGCCUGAAAAUGUUGACAGAUCUGGUGAUGUGGGGCAGUCACACCUUUUGUUACUUUUUAGUAUCUUUACAGCAUUUCCUUCUGUUGAGGUGUCUCAUAAUUAAGAUCACAGUUUCUAUUGCAUUGUACUGAUCUUUGUAUUUAGUGUCUGUAAGAAUCCAGUUUUAGACAAGUACUUUAUUUAUUCUUUAAGAAAUUAUGGUCCAACUUAAAUAUAUGCAAAACUUUACAAAAUAAAUCAUAGUAUUUAGUGAGAACUAUUUCCAUAUGAUGGUUGAGGGCAGUGUUUAAGGUUGAAGUGAUUGGUGCAUCCCAUCUUGCCAGUUUUUGAAUUGUUUUAACUUUGUGGACAAUCAGCAUGUAUUUGGAGUAAUAAAUUCCCUUCACAAAUAAGUGAAACCAUGAACUGCAUUUUCUUUCUCAAAGUUUAUGAGGUCACAGGGGCCUAGAAAUGAUUCAUCCUAGCCUUCUAGUCAAAUAUAUCAGAGAAGGCUAUAUCUAGGUGUUGCUGUAAAACUCUUGACCCUGUUUCACUUAGUGACCUUACUGAGAAUUUGGGUUAAACUUUCAAAACUUUACUGCUGCUUAUUAAGGACUUUCAGUUUGGCAUGUUGCUCAAAAUGUGUGCACAUGCAUCACAAAUGUCAAUUGUGGAUAAAAAAAUAAUAAAGGCCUUUACAUGAAUUCAAGGUGAAAUAAAGGAGUAGUAAAAUGUUCAUGUAAGAAAUUUUAUUACUGACCGACAAACCAAGAUAGUGCAGAUGCUUGUUACAAUAUGAAUAAGACAAACUUGCUCCCAUCCUCCUAACACAUUAUCUAGCUUGUGUGUAUGUGAGAAAUGUACUUUGUUAACACUACGCUGAACUCGAUGAGCUCGGUUAAUCCACUUAAAAUAAUUAUAGUAUUUCAGUUCUGAUAUUACUGUCCUAAAAUUGAGCAGCUUUUUUUUUUUAUAGAAUUUGAUCGCAUUCACGAGUUGAGCCAGGCUUUACAAAUCCUGGGGACUAAAUA